CAAGGCAGUAACUGUCACUUGUCGCAGUCGUGUCCGUGUUUGCGACUCGAGCGCAUGUAAUCGAUCUAUCCCGACGAAAUGUCAAAUCGAUAAAAUCAAUCGAUUAUAAAUGAUAUGAUAAUUUAAUCUUAGUCUAUCUGUACCGGUGUAAAAUCUUAGUGUAGUUACAAUUCGUUACGUGUAUCGAGAAUUCGAUUUUAAAUUCAAGUUGUGAUCGGUAAUCCGUGAAGUGAAUGGUGUCCUUAUGUAAGAUGCGGGAACUCCUGAUUCUCCUGGUGGCGGCCGUUGCGCUGGCCAGUGCUGCUGACCUACGUCCCAGUUGCAGCAAGCCCGUCUACUGCGAAAGUGAACUCCUCCAUCGAGUCCAAAUGGCCAGGCUCUACAACGACUCCAAAACCUUCGUCGAUCUUCAAAUGAAUUAUGACCAAAAUCAAACAUUACAUGAUUUUGAAACUCUACUCAACGAUACGAAUCAAGAUCCGUCAAGAGAACAAUUGAGAGAAUUCGUUAACAAAUACUUCUCUGAUGAAGGCGAACUCGAAGAGUGGACACCACCCGAUUUCAAUUCUGAUCCCAAGUUUGUAUACACUAUAAAAGAUAAAGCCUUAAGAGAAUUCGCCAAAAACAUCAAUAACAUUUGGCCUCUUCUUGCCCGAAAAGUUAAAGAUAAGGUGAUUCAAAACCCUGAUCGUUAUAGUUUGGUCCCUAUUACUCAUGGAUUCAUCAUCCCUGGAGGACGAUUCACGGAGAUCUAUUACUGGGAUACUUACUGGAUUAUCGAAGGUCUAUUGAUAAGUGGAAUGCAAGAAACCGCUAAAGGAAUUAUUGAAAAUCUCAUAGAACUUUUGAAUUUCUUUGGUCAUAUUCCCAAUGGCAGCAGAUGGUAUUAUCAAGAACGCAGUCAACCGCCAAUGUUGACAGCUAUGGUUGCUACUUACUACCAAUACACCAAUGACACAGAGUUCCUGAGGGCCAAUAUUGCAUCUUUAGAGAAGGAAAUGGACUUCUGGCUGGAUGAAAGAUCAGUAACCGUUGAAAAAGAAGGAAGUAGCCACAAACUGCUCAGAUAUUUCGCUCUCAGCUCGGGUCCAAGACCUGAAUCGUAUUAUGAAGAUUAUGAAAACGCAGUAGAAUUCAGUGAACAACGUCGCACAGACUUCUAUAUCGAUAUUAAGAGUGCAGCUGAGAGUGGUUGGGACUUCUCAACGCGGUGGUUCGUCAACAAUGAUGGCAGCAACAACGGAACCUUAAAAGACAUUCACACCAGAUACGUCAUACCUGUGGAUCUAAAUGCCAUAUUUGCCGGUGCUCUCCAGAACGUGGCAAACUUUAACGCCAUUUUGAUGAACCCUCGCAAAGCUGCCACGUAUGGCCAAUUGGCUCAACAGUGGAGAGAUGCCAUUCAGUCGAUUUUGUGGAAUGAAGAAGAGGGAAUGUGGUAUGAUUAUGAUAUCAGAGACAAGUUACAUCGCAAAUAUUUUUACUCAUCUAACGUCUCUCCGUUGUGGCAACAUGCUGUUGAUCCGAAUAUAGUGAAAGCAAAUGCAGACAGAAUUCUGAACAAUCUUAAACAAUCUGGCGGUUUAGACUUCCCCGGAGGAGUCCCCACAUCCCUCAUCAGAAGUGGAGAGCAAUGGGACUUCCCUAACGUAUGGCCACCAGAAGUGAGUAUUGUAGUAAACGCCAUUGAAAACAUUGGAACACCUGAGGCGAGUGUGCUGGCUUUUGAAACUGCACAAACAUUUGUUAGGUCUUGCCAUUGGGGCUUCUUAGAAUACAAACAGAUGUUUGAGAAGUACGAUGCAGAGAAUCCUGGCAAGUUCGGAGGAGGUGGCGAAUAUAACGUGCAAUUUGGUUUCGGAUGGAGCAACGGUGCAGUGUUAGAGUUUAUGAAGAAAUAUGGAGAAGGUUUGACUGCAGACGACUCUAAUGACUUAGCUACUACUGCAUCUCCCUCCAACAAUAGCGAUACUUCGAAUAAUACCGCAUGACUAGGCGUGGGUGUAGUAAAUAACUUUUUAAUCUUUCUAUCAGCAUUCAAAAUAUUUUUUGAUAUUCAUAAUAACUGAAGGUUGUGACUACAUACAUAAUAAUUAGCUAAGAAAGUGCCAUAAGGACAUAAAAUGUCUAAAACAAACAAAAAUGGUACAACAAUAUUCAAUUCAUAAGUAAGAGUUUGUGAC